UCAGUCGUGCGUCAGUGAUUUUAAUUAUGCGUGGGUUUUUCCAAGAGAAGAUCAAAGUAAAAAGUUAAUGUGACAUGUUGUAAGACUUGAAAGAGAAAUUAACUGGAAGGGUUGGUAACACGUGGCAAUUUUGACUUGUCAAAACUAACAUGACACCUGUCAGAUGUUAUGUCAUUCGUCAUUUUUUCCCUUUAUCCACAAUUUUCGUCCUCAUUUCGCAAUCAUCCCAUCCACGGAUGCAGUUUUGUUGAUAUAAAAUUUGAAAUCAGCUGAAACUUUAAUCCCUCGCGCGCUCAACACUCAAACCGGUUUGCAUGUCGGAUCUUUACCGCACGAUUUUGGCAAAGAAAGAGGCCCAACGUGCAAUCCCCACGUUAGAAGGAGACGAGUGUCGAGUUUGGUGACGCAGGCGCGGAGUAUGGCGGUGUGAUUCGAAAGUGCUUCAGUGCCGCAACCAUGAAGGAGUACCACCAGGUCACGUCCCCGAACUACUCGUACGUGUUCAACUUCGAGUCGGACUUCAUCCACCAGGAGACCCGGACGUGGAUGAAGGACAACUGGACGUUGGGGUUCUACUACGUGGGCAUCUACAUGGUGCUCAUCUUCGGCGGGCAGCACCUGAUGCAGAACCGGCCGCGCUUCGAGCUCCGCGGCGUCCUCAGCCUCUGGAACACCCUCCUCGCCACGUUCAGCAUCAUCGGCGCCUGCAGGACGGUGCCGGAGUUCCUGCACACGCUCACCCACCACGGCCUCUACCACUCGGUGUGCGUGCCCAGCUUCAUCGAGCAGGACAAGGUGUCGGGCUUCUGGACGUGGAUGUUCGUCCUGAGCAAGCUGCCCGAGCUGGGCGACACCAUCUUCGUGGUGCUGCGGAAGCAGCCGCUGAUCUUCCUCCACUGGUACCACCACAUCACCGUGCUGCUCUACUCCUGGUUCAGCUACACGGAGUACACGGCCAGCGCGCGCUGGUUCAUUGUGAUGAACUACUGUGUCCACUCUGUGAUGUACACCUACUACGCGCUCAGGGCCAUGGGCUACAGCCCCCCGAGGCAGAUCGCGAUGGUCAUCACCUCGCUGCAGCUGCUCCAGAUGGUGAUCGGCUGCGCCGUCAACAUCUGGGCGCACCAGCUCCUCCAGAACCAGGCCGAAUGCCACAUAACCCCCUUUAACAUUAAAUUGUCAAUUGCCAUGUAUCUGAGCUACUUUGUUCUUUUCGCGCGGUUCUUCCACAAGGCCUAUCUGUCAGGGGACAAGAGGGGCAAAACUAAAUCAAAAGUUCACUAGUUCCGGGCAUCCACCGUUUUGUUCGUUUUUUUGUGGUUGUGAUAUGUUCUUCAAUAAAAUGUUCCAACUGCGUUCGCAAAUUUUAUAACAAAAACGUUAUAAAUUAUAUGUAUAUUUUUUAUAAAGCAUUUAGAAAAUGUGCAUUUCAUAGGGCAUUUACGGUUUUGUUGUUACAGAUAUCACAAGACGAAGGCACGACCAUCGUGUACUUAGCGAACUAAAUUUUUCAUUCUGUGAUAAUCACGAACUUAAUUUUGUCAACACCAUUGUUUCACUAAUUAAUUCAAUUUGUUUUGUGGUAUCUCUAAAAUGUUGGAAAAGGAACACGAGGACUAGUCAUUGUUAGGUUUAUAAUUAUGUAUGGAAUUACAUUCUUAUCAUAAUCGCUACUUUAUUUAUUUUCUACUUUUAGACAAUUCAAAGUGGACAGGCAAACUGUUAAAUUGUUCUGCAACAGUCGUUCAAUAAAAUAUUUUUUACCAA